AUGGCGUCUGAAGAUGAAAAGCCACGAGGAAUCAAUCUUGAUUUAGUGCAGCUUAACACCGUGCUUACUGUAAGAUGGCACAUUGAACUACAACCAUGGGCAAGUCCAACCCCUUCCCUCAACUAUGAGGCCUCAAGGUUCCUAAAGUACAUUAGCACUUCUCAGAUUUCAUGUGAACACAUGAACCUGAACAGCUUGAAAGGGUACUCCAAAACCACAAAAAAGCCCUGGUCAAUCUGUCUUGAUGAGAGGUUUAGCCUCAUCCAUCGAAUCAGAAGCAAGCAAUGCCGACUCUAUUCACUUGGGCUGGGCAACGAUGACAGCCAGUUUGAGCUGGGCAUGGCCAGCAGCGGGUGCGAGGUGCACCGCUUCGACCCCAGCGCCAGGGCAGCGCACUCGCAGGAGGGGCCGCGCCUCUGGUACCACCGCCUCUCCAUCGACUGGAGGGACCCCAACCCUGCCGUCGCGGCCCACAGGCUGCGCAGCAGCACCAAGAAACUGGGCACAGUGCUGAAUGAAUUCGGACACCAGAAGAUCGAUGUCCUCAAGGCAGACGUGGAGAGCGCCGAGUGGAAAAUUUUGGAAAACCUGAUCCUGGAAGAUGUUGUUGAGCAGAUAGGACAGCUGGUCUUUGAGGUGCACAUCCACUGGCCUGGCUUUGAGGUCAGUGGCAAUGACAGCACCGUGGUGCGGUACUGGUACAGUCUGCUCCGAGAGCUGGAGCUGAAGGACUUCAGGCUUUUCCAUACCUACAAAGACUUAUCAAAGCCACAGAUGUUUCUGAAAAAGGAGGCCUUCAACGCCAGUAGCUGUUACACACUGAGCUGGCUUCCGAGUGCCCUGACUCAGGUUUUUUAAGCUAGUCUGGCUGCAGAAAGUGACUCCAACGCUUCUGACACAGGAGAUGGUGGGACAGAGACACUCAGCUGCUGGAUAAGCUGCUGCCAGCACUCCCCUUCCUCAUCCACAAGAGCCUUCAGCCACAGAAGACAAGGGCUUCCCUAGUUCAUCUGCUCAAAGAACAGCUUGAUUGAAAUUACUCAUGCAGUAGCUGCAGCAAGUGGGUUUUGAUCUAGUGAGAUAUAUGUAAAAGACUGAAAUGCAACCUGGUCUUUUUUGUUUGUUUCCGGGUUUGGUUGAACAUUUCCUGGUGCCUUUUCCAGCCUCACCAUCUUGCCUCUCCCUGGAAUAGGGAGGCCAGACCCUGGAUCUGUACUGAUGCUGGCAAAGGUGGUGGCCCAGGCAGGUGCCCUGGACUGCAGCUGUGCUGGGGCUCUGCAGGCUGGAAUGUGGAUUGUCUGCUGUGCCCCUGGCAGCCUUUGGCAUUCUCCAAAGAGCUAAGGAAUGGGAGGAGCUAAAAUAAAUAUGUGUAGCAGGUUGGAUUUUUUCUUAUCUUUAGAUGAAUUUGACAUUAAACUUUGCAUAAUACAAG